AUGGAGGACUCCUCAGAAGCGAUCAAUAAUUUUGAAAAAGUAUUAAUGAAAAACGCCCGGAAGAAAAGAUUACUCUUGUAUAGGAAUAGUGAGAAUAAAAAUAAACAAAAUUUAGAAAAUCAAUCAUAUAAUCCUCAAACUGUAAUUUCUAAUGUAUCUCUACAAUUAAAAGCUAUACAAAAGGCUGAUACUGUCAUUAAUAGCAAACAUACCAGAAAAUACUUACAGAAAUUCAAGAAAUCGUGUUUAUUGCCUGUGAAUGAAUUUGUAGAGGAUAAUUUGGUCGCCCAAACAUCAAAUGGAACCAAAUUUGAAACUCAGUUUGAAUUAGAUACACAGUUAAUGGAUAUUAUUGAUAAUGCUGAAGAGUUGGUGCAUCCAAAAAGUGUUAUCACACAUGAAAUUGAGAGAAAAAGUAAAAUUAAUGAUAAUAAAAACCCAGAAUCAACUCCUACCAUAUCUUUGUAUGAAAAUCAUAACAUUAAUUCACCAACAACAGAAAAUUUUGGUAGAAAAUCUGAUAAUAUUGAAGGCAAAUGCCAAUUAAAUGAAAACCACAAUAAAGAAAUAAAAGAUUCUAAUGUUGUUGCCAAAAUAGAUCCAGUAGACAUUUUAGUAGAAGAUGAAGAUAUACCAAGUAGCUAUGUAUUUUUGCCAGAAAAAAAAUCAAAAACUCCCUCACCAUUGGUGUUUGAUUUGAAUACAUUUGAAGAUUUUGAAAAAAUUGCUGUUCCAGUUAUAGAACACAAUCCUGAUACAAAAUCUGCAAAGCAGUUGAUAAAUUCACAAAUCGUAGGACGUGAGUUACUUAUUCAAUGUGAUGAUCAAUCUUUAUAUUUUGCAGAUGACACAUCAUUGAGCCCUGUUCUUAAAAUAAGUGUUGAUAAAUUAAAAGUUACUAAAAAUGAAGGUGUAAAUAGUACAAAACAAGAACUGUUUACUGCAAAAGAAUUUAUGAAAGAUAGUGUGUUCUUAAAGGAUGAGAUUAUAUUUAGUAGUGAUGAGGAAAGUGAAUAUAUCAAAAAUGAAUUUCAUGAUCUACCUCUUACAUGUGCCUUAAAAACUUCUUUCUAUAAUCAACCGGAAAUUCUUGAUAAAACAAUCUAUGUAGGGUUCCAAACAGCUAGCAACAGGUCGAUUCAAAUAUCUGCAGACUCAUAUAAGAAAGCUAAAAGCUUCCUUGAUAGUUUUGAUGAUGAUGGAGAUAAUGUUGGAGAUGAUAUUAAUAAAGUUACUCUAACUGAACUUGUAAAUAUGUGUGAUAAAUUACAUAAAAAGAGUGACACAACAAAUGUAUAUAAUUGUAAAGCUACAGAGACCAAUAUAAAUUUAGAUAGAAAAGAAAUCAGUAUGGAUAAUGAAGAAAUUUAUGUUGACAGUGAUAAAUUAAAUGUCAAUAAUGUUGACAUUAACUUGAAAAGUAAUUAUAUUGAUUUAAAACAAGAAAGCUUAAAAGAUGAUAAUAAAAAAAUGAUGUUGACAUCAAUGAAAAGAAAAGGUGAUGAUAUCAUGGCCAGAAACAAAAAAGUAAAACUGUCAGAGAUGGCUUUAAUUAAUUAUAAUCAGAUAUGCCUAGGUAUUAACUUGGAAGAUAACAUUAGUUUAGAAAAACUUGUGGUAGAAAAAAGUAAGCAAUCAUCAAAUGUUACAGAAAAUAAAGUAAACAGUUCAGAUGAUAUUCAGCAUAUAGAUGAGGAUAUAAUUAAUGAAUUUGAUGUGCCACUUCUUGAAAACAAGAACGAAAAACGUGUAGAUUACCAUAAUGUUAAAACAGCUAGCUUGAAAAAAGAUGGUGUUGACAUCAUUGAAAAAUUUAAUAAUAAUAAUGGGAUUGUAGAUAAUAACCUUUUCAAUGUCAAAUAUAAAGAUUUUAAAGUUAAUCAUGAUAAUAGCUCAACAAUUCCUGACAUUGUUGGUUUUAAAACAGCCAGUAAUAAAAAUAUUAAAAUAACAAAACAAGCUUUAGCAAAAUCCAGACUCAUACUUGAUGAUUUUAAUAAACUUCCAUUAGAUAUAAGUAAUCCAGAGAUUUCACAAGAAUUAAAUUUAGACCAAAGGUCAAAAGUUUAUGGAUUUAAGACGGCCAGUAACAAAGACAUCCAAAUAUCUGUAAAUGCUUUGACUAAAAGCAGAUCAGUUUUCCAAGAUAUUAUAGAAAAUGAUCACAAUUUUAACCUGGAGCCUGAGAAAUACCAAAGCCAAAUUACUAAAUAUGAGUCUCGCUCAAAUACUUACAUGGGCUUUAGAAAAUCUGAUAAUAAAGAGAUCAAAAUUACUGAAGAAGCUUAUCAUAAAACUAAGAAUAUGUUUGAAAAUAUUGUAAUGAAUGAUGAAGAAUUUGCAAAAGAUUUUGAAGAGAAUAUAAAAUAUAAAGGUGAUGUCUUAGAAGCUAUCCAGGAACGUCCUGAAUUACACGAUCUAAUUACAUCACAAAACGAAAUCGCCAAUGAUUUUAAUACAGAAUUUGACGGUCUAUCAGUUUUUCCUAAAGCUGAUACCAUACCGAAGUUUUGUGGUUUUAAAACUGCAAGUAAUAAGUCAGUCAGUAUUUCAGAAAAAGCUAUUAUUGAAAGCAAAAAUGUUUUUGCUGAUAUAGGUUUAGACUAUGAUUUUAUGUUUCUUAGUAAAAAGAAAACCCUGAAUAAAAGCAUUGAAAAAACAAAACAAUCUUUAGCGAAAUCUAGAUGUAUAAUUGAAGAUUGUAAUGAAUGUCCACUAGAUAUGAAUAGACUAGAGAUUCCACAAGACAAAUGCUCAAAUUUGAACCAAAAGUCUAAAGAUUGCGGAUUUAAGACGGCCAGUAAUAAAGAAAUCAAAAUAUCAUUUGCUGCUUUAACCAAAAGCAGUUCAGUUUUUAAAGAUAUUGUAGAAAACGACCAUGGUAUUGAUACUGGAUCGGAUGAGAAUCUAAACAAAAAGGUUAAAUAUAAGUCUUGUUCAGAUACUUACGUUAGAAAAGUCAAUAAUGAAGAAAACAAUAUUAGUGAAGAAGCUUACACUAAAAUUCAAAAUAUGCUUAAUGAUGUUGUAAAAAAGGACGAAGACUUUGCAAAUAAGAAUGAAAAGGAAUUAAAACAUAAAGAUGAUAUUGUGGAAGUUAUUCACGAAGAUCCUAAAUUACCGGAGUUGAAUCCAUUACAACUUGAAAUAGCCAAUAAUUUUAAUACAGAUUUUGAUAGUGUAUCAGUCUUUCCUAAAGCUACUGAUGUAAUAAAGUUUUGUGGUUUUAUAACUGCAAGUAAUAAGAAAGUAAAUGUGUCAGAAAAAGCUUUCAUCGAAAGCAAAAAGAUUUUUGCUGAUAUAGAUUUAGACAAUGGCUCUAAUUUUAUUAUUAAAAAUAAAAUCACGAAUCUCUCUGAAAAUUCAAAAUCCGAAACCAAUGUUAAUUAUGAAAGAGUCGCAAAUAUUAAUAGAUGUAAAAUUUCGAGUGAUAAAGUUAUAAUGGAUCCCUACUUAUUUCAAAGUAAUUCUGAAUUGAAAGUUGCAAGUAAUAAUAAACAUAACUUUAACAAAAAAUAUUUAAAUCAAAAUGAACUGAUCAGAGACAAAAAAAUUGACGAUAUCACUAGUUAUGAAAAUACAAAGGAUACAUUAGAAUUUGAUUUGAAGGAUGUCAAUCUGGAAAUACGUAAAAUCGAUAUAGACAAACCAAAGUUUCAACCAUUUCAAACAGCUAGCAUGAAACCUAUAGCAAUAUCAGAUAAAGCUUUAGCUGAAAGUAAAGCUUUACUGGAGGAUAUUGGAAACAGUAAAUACAGUUCCAUUCUUGUUCAACCUCAUAUCAAUGUAACCCAAACCAGCUGUAAAGGUUUCCAAACAGCAAGUCAACAGUCUAUAAAAAUGUCAGAUUAUGCUUUAGCCAAAAACAUAAAAUUGUUUAAAGAUAUUGACAAUGAAAACAAUAUCGUAAAAUUUAAUGAUGAACAUAAUAAUAUGGUGCAAGGAGAAAUGAACAAAUCAGCUGAGUGUAAGGAACUAGUACUUGGAGGAUUUCAAACAUCAAGAGGCAAACCAGUAGAAAUAUCAGCUGAAGCACUAGCUAAAAGCAAAUUAUUAUUUGAAGAUUUUAGGAAUGAACUUGAUGAACCAGAGCAAGCCAAGUUUCGAUUCCAAGGAUUUCAAACUGGCAACAAAAAUAAAGUAUCAAUAAGUAAUGAAGCGCUUAUCAAAAGUAAGGAAUUAUUUAACAAUAUGCAUAAAAUCGAAACAAGUACUUUGAAAACGAUGGAAACAAAUAGUAGAUUUGGUGGCUUUCAAACUGCUAACAAUAAAAAGAUUUUGAUAUCAGAACAAGCUUUACAAAGAGGUUGUCAAGUGUUUCAAGACAUCAAUGUUGAUUUCUCAAAAGGUUUUGAUAAACAAAUGCACAAAGAGAAGAAAAGCAGUAAUGAAACUGGGGAUCAUAAAAUUCAGGAAACCUUAGUUGAUUCUGAGUCAGUUAGUUACAAAAGCAUAGAUAAGCCUAUAAAUGUUUUAACUGAAUCUAGAAAUCAGUUUACAGAUUCUAUAGACAAUUGUAAAAAUAAGAGUAAUUCGUUAAUUUCUACUAACAAUCCUGAAAAUUUAGAGGAACUAAUGGAUACUCAAGUUAUUAAUAAUUUAGAGGAAACAUUAUAUACUGAAGAUUUUUGUAAAAACACUACACCUAAAAAUGCUAAACGAUCUGGAAGUCCUAUAUUGUCUUGUCCUAAAGCGAAAAAGCGGAAAAUAUUUCAGACCCCAUACAAGACAGGGUUUAUUUCUAAUAAGAAGAUUCCUCUUUACAUUAAAACUACAAGUAAACCAAUAAAUGAAAGCAUUAUGUUAUUCAAUGAUGAUUAUAAGAAAACCAAAAGAUAUUCACUUAAAGAUCUAGCGAAUGUUGAGAAAAAUAGCCAAACACCUAAAAUGUGUUUUUAUAACCUAAAAUUUGAAACAUUGCUUAAUUUUCGGUUUACCAGGAAAAGAAAUGACGUAACAGACUAUGAUAUGUCUGUAGAAGAUAUUACAAAAUUAUUUAAAAAUGCAGUCAAUACGAAAUUAAUACCAGAUGGAUGGCUUGACAACCACAUCAAACUAGUGAUUUGGAAACUAUUAUCUUAUGAAAUGAUAUUCCCUAAUACACUGUCUGGUGUUUGUACUGUGAGGAAUUUGCUGGAUCAGUUAAAAUACAGAUAUGAUAAAGAGCUUUACAAUACUGAGAGACCUGCUCUUAGGAAAAUUUUAGAAAAAGAUGAUGUGGCUUCGAAAACAUUAGUUCUAUGUGUAGCUGCCAUUUAUGUGGACGGAGUGAGCGUUAGUAGUGUUGUCAAUCUCACAGCUAAUGUGGAACUCCUACUGACAGACGGUUGGUACUGCGUAAAAAGCACCAUAGACAAAAUGCUAACAAAACUGGUCUACGAUGAGAAGAUUAGAAUCGGCUCAAAGAUUGUGACAAAUGGAGCUGAAUUGUUGAAUUGUGACCAAGGAAUUGCCCCAUGGGAGGACACAUCGUAUGUUCGAUUGAAGAUCUUCGGUAACUCCACACGGCCAGCCCGGUGGGACGCUCGCCUCGGUUACCAUAGAAAAGCCGCCAUUUUAACCUCGUUAUCAAAUGUCAAAGUGGAAGGCGGGAAGGUGUCCAAAUUACGUUUAUACGUCACUAGGGUGUACCCCGCGUUGUUUGUCGAGAAAUUUGAAGAUGGCAGCACUGUCACACGUUCGGAGCGGCUCGAGACAAUUCAUCAAUUGAAAUAUGAAUCUGAAAGACAGACGAUGAUGGAGAAGCUCUAUGAAGAAAUGGAGAAAGAACUGUCUGAUCAGGUUAACUUAUUUUAUUACCUAAUGGCUGGUUUACACAUAUUCAGUUGAUAAUUAGUUAGCUAAAUUGUUAACUUAAUUUUAUAUGACCUACAGCCAGUUGCAAAAACGUCCAUUAAAAUAAAAAAGUAAUUAGCAGAGGUCGGAAUUAGGUAGAGUUAUUUAUGUACUUGCAUCGAA